AUGCCGCACAUUCGGGCGCUGGCCCAAUUCCUGGCUGACCUGGCGCUCGUGCACCGACCCCGGCGGGUCUACGGCAAUCGGCUGCCGCCAGAAGCACUGGCCAUUGCUGCCCUGCAGCUGGCCUUGCACGGCUUUGGCGCCCCACCUGUGGCAUGUGAGGAGAGCUUUCUGCGACUUCAGGAGCUGCUGGCUCCAGUGCCGGAGCAGGAGCUCCGGAGCUUGGUGGCAGACGUGUAUCGGCUGUGGCUGCGUGUGCCCGCCGACUCACCAAUCGCUUGCCGAUGGCGGGCAAGAGGCUGCCAGAUGCCAAAAGCACCCAGCCAGGAGGACCUUCCCGCCUUGCUGCAAGAGUGCUGUUUCUUCCAAACCCCGCAGAAGCGGCCGCUGGAGCCCAAGGAUCAUUCGGCCACUCCUGGUUCAUUUUCACCGCAGGACCCCUGCGCCAUCAAGAUGCGGCCAAACCCAGGAACUCCCCGGAGCGAGGAGUCGACGUCCCCAGGUUCAUGGCAAUCAGAAAGCGGUGACAUGACGGCCUCAUCGGAGAUGGAGCAGGAGAGGGGCCGAGCUCACCUGUUCCUGAGACGGUUGAGCUCUCCCAGGAUGAGCAGCCUUGUGAGGUGGAUCAGGAGCCACCUUUGGCGAGCCCAGCCGUUCCUGAGACGGUUGAGCUCUCCCAGGAUGAGCAGCCUUGUGAGGUGGAUCAGGAGCCACCUUUGGCGAGCCCACCCGUUCCUGAGACGGUUGAGCUCUUCGAGGACUUCUUCGGCUCUCCGCUCUUCGCAUCGCCGGAGGUGGAGUUCAUCCAGGACCUGGCAGCGCCAGCACCAGCGUCUGUGGAGCCAAAGGAAGAGGCCCAGGUGCAGGUCGAAGAAGAUGAGACCCCUUGCACCGCCGCCGCGCCCCGGGCCUCGCCAACGACUGCUCCUGGACCCGAGCCGCGGAACGCGCUGGUGCCUUUCCCACGACGGCAGCAUACUGUGA